AUGAAUAAAUAAAAACCCAAAAUUAAAAAUUUUAAUCCUAAAUAAUAUGAAAAGCCAGGUUUAACAGAAGAUGAAAUAAUGGAAAUUAAAGAGGCAUUUGAUUUAUUUGAUACAGAUUAAGGAGGUGCAAUAGAUCCUAAAGAAUUAAAAGCAGCAAUGACAUCAUUAGGAUUUGAAGCUAAAAAUUAAACUAUUUAUUAAAUGAUUUCUGAUCUAGAUUAAGAUGGUAAUGGUUAAAUUGAAUUUAAAGAGUUUUUGGAUUUAAUGACUGCAAGAAUUUCAGAUAAAGAUAGUAGAGAAGAUAUCGAAAAAGUUUUUAGAUUAUUUGAUGAUGAUAAAUAAGGUUAGAUUUCUGUCAAAAAUUUAAGAAGAGUAGCUAAAGAAUUAGGAGAAACUAUGGAAGAAGCUGAAUUAUAAGAAAUGAUUGAUAGAGCUGAUUAAAAUAAAGAUGGUCUUGUUGAUUUUGAGGAAUUUUAUAAUAUAAUGACUAAAAAAACAUUUAAUUGA